CAGCAGUGUUACCUGCGCUGUGUUACCUGCGCUGUGUUACCUGCGCUGUGUUACCUGCGCUGUGUUACCUGCGCUGUGUUACCUGUGCUGUGUUACCUGCGCUGUGUUACCUGUGCUGUGUUACCUGCGCUGCGUUAUCUUCGCUGUGUUACCGUAUUGCGUUACCUGCGCUGUCACCUGCGUUGUGUUACCUCUGUUACCUGCGCGGUCGUACACCUCGUUCCAUACACGUAUAAAACGCCAGUUUAUACACGUUCUUCUCCGUUCUUGAUUGAACGACACAUCAAUGGACAAGAUGUGCAGACGUUGAGAUGCUCGUGUCAGACACCGUGCUGCUGCUGCUGCUGCUGUGAGAAACUCGCCCAGUCAACGCAGCUUAUAUCAUGCUGCUCCUUUUAAAGCCGAUGAACUGCACGAGGGUCAUUAAGGCUGUGUGUCACCUGUGUAUCAUCAAUCAAAGGUGCUUUAAUCCCUAAAACUGGGAUGAAAGAAAGCUCUUAGCAUAUAUACACUGAGAGGUAUGUACUUCUCGUGAAGUACAGAGUGAAGAUGGACUAAAUAGGGGAUUUGUUAGUUAAUCAGGUUCCUUUUCACUUCACUUGUGAAGAACAUCGAGCCAUUAAGUGAAUUUUAUUUCCAGUGGUGUAAGGGUCCCCAAUCACUUAAAGUGGAAAGAAGUAGGUGGUAAUGUUAUUUUCAUCCGAGUAAAGUGGUGCAGCGUAUCCUAGCAGAACAUAAGAUCCUCUGUGAUACUCUAAAGCGGGUUAGAAUCCACAACUCAAGUGUGAACUACUGCACGACCGGGAAAGUCUGUAAGUUUUGUGCAAGUGUAGGAUUUACGUACCUACAGAGAGCGUCAAGUGUAGGAUUUACGUACCUACAGAGAACGUCAAGUGUAGGAUUUACGUACCUACAGAGAGCGUCAAGUGUAGGAUUUACGUACCUACAGAGAGCGUCAAGACAAAAGUGACUUGGCUUGCACGAGACUGUUGUGUCAAUAUCUAAAGAAGUGGGAGCUACCGUCUCCUGCCUGAGAGUUACGUGUUAAGACAGUCCAUACUGAGGAAGUUUGUGAUGUGUUAAACUUUCUAGUAUUUGUAGGAGAAAAUCCUUGACAACAAUCCCACUCUUAAGAACCUGUAGGAGGGUGGUGAGGAAAUCCUUAAAGUCUCAAGUCAGCUAAAAAAAAAAAAAAAACUGUAGGAGGAGGUCGUUGAUGCAUCAAAACUGUAUCCUGUAGGAGGAAGUCCUUGGUGCCUCAAGCCUACUAAGAGAUCCUUUAAGAGAAGGUCUUCGACGCCUCAAGCCCGCUAGAAGUGUGGGUUGAUCGGUGAGGUUAAAGCUGGACCGUCAGGGCGAGGAGGCUGGCUUCUUGGCCCAUACUGGGUUCACCUCGCUCCACCAUAGCUUUCCUACGUCGCAAGUUAAACACCCUUCGUGACCCAGGAGGAGCUGAUGGCGGACGGACAAGCAUGACAGAGGGCUUAGCGACGCCCCUGCGCUCAGUGCUGACCUGCGCAGGCUGCUGUCGCAGGUUCGAUGACUCCUCCCACAGGCCCAAAUUCCUCUCCUGUUUCCACACCAUCUGUCUGGCCUGCAUACGCAAGGCCUUCUCUAGUGGCAAGGUCAAAUGUCCAUCAUGUCAGCGAGUGACGGAGACGAAGUCAGCUGACGCCCUGCCUGACAACACACAGCUGUGUACCAUCUUGCUGAACAUGUCGUCUCUCAACCUGCACGAGGUGGCCACCACCACGCCCUCCCGCGAUACCUGCACCGCCCACGCCGCCCGCAUCAACUUCUGGUGCGACUCCUGCAGGUUGCCUCUCUGCAGGGACUGUACAGUGUUGGCCCACCGUGAGUCCCAGGGGCACAAGGUGCGUGACCACGACCAGGCGGUGGCAGUGCUGCGGGCGGAGGUGCGGUGCACGGUAGGCGAGGCUCGCACCCUCCUGCAGGAGACGCGGAGGCUGCGGCACGACCAACGUAAGUACCUGCUGCGCCAGCUUGACGCCGCACGCGCCUACGAGAAGCAACUCAAGUCGGAGCUCAAGAGUCUGGACAACGAGAAGAAGGAUGAGACCCGUGGCCGCCUAGACCGCAUAGAGACCGACUCUGAAAUAGAGACUUCCCUGGUUGGUCUGCACGAGAUGGCUCAGCGAGCUGGCUCCAUGGUGAGCCGCCUCUCUCAGGACCUGGUCACGGCCAAGGCCGUCUUGGCCGACUCCUUUCUGACCCUGGGCAAGCUCAACCGCUCACAGGAUGACCUGGAUGCCAUCGACAUAAGGUCUGCCGCUAGUGGAGGAUCGGCCGAGGCAUCACCAGCGAAACUCAGUGUUAAUAUGGAGGCGGCAGCAUCCAGCGGCAGGAGCACCCCUGAGGGCCGCAGGUCCCCCAGCAGCCCCGCCCGCGGGUGUGUGGACCGUCGCAGCCACAGCCUGGCUGGCCACUACAGCAGCAGACGCCUAGCUCAUAAUGGCCGGGCCAGCAAGGUGGCCAUGUUGCGGCCUGCCCUCAGUCUGGAGGCACCUAUGCCCACCAUCCAACCACUCACCAGAGUCUACCUCGACCUCAACAUCGAGGGCAUCAAGCCAACAGCUCGUGUGGUGAUCGAGCUGCGACCUGACAUGGCUCCUCAGCUGUGUGAAAACUUUACGUUGUUAUGCACUGGGGCGCGAGGCUUCGGCUACCGUGGAAGUCAGGUGUUCCGCUGCCUGCCUGGCUGGUGGCUCCAGGGUGGUGACUUCCAGUCCAACGAUGGUGAAGGUGGUCGUGCUGCCCUUGGUGAUGAUGAACUCAUCAGCGCUGAGACCACAGACCUGGAGCCUCGUCCUGGCGCCGUGGAGAUGCUGUGUAUGUCAACCAAUGAGAAGGGUAAGCUGAUGGUUGGCUCACAGUUCUUCAUACACGUCAAGAAGUACAGUUACACCCACGUCUUCGCUUACGUUAUAGAUGGCCUCGAUCUAGUUGAUAAGAUGACGCAGCUGGGGGAUUCGACCCACGUCUAUCGUCCCACCAAGACCAUUACCAUAGCUGACUGCGGUCUCCUGGCUGCCUGAGGACCUGCACCAACACCCCGCCGGGUUGCUACUACGCACUCGUCCUCAUGCCGUCACGCCGAGUCAUCUACUGCCGCUGAGUUCCUUCCAACUUAGGUUUAGAGACACCAAGACAACUUGGCUCAUUCAGGCAUCAACAUAUACUUAAGAUUGUUUGAAUUGAUCAUGGUCUCGCGUAACUUGUCAUAAUCAUAACACUGGAGCUAGCCUACAACUUCCAUACUGUCCCUUUGUCAAGUAAUGUGUAACCAUGCCUGUCAUGUCCGCACCUUGAAGCCUCCCUGGCUCACGGGUAUCUUCGUGUUUCCCCAAGCUUCACAUUACUCACGAGUGUUUCACAUUCUGCCUUCCGCCUUUUGUUUGGCUUGCCCAGCGUCCUGCCUCUCAUGAUCAUUCUACAACGAAACUUACAUCUUUAUGAUUGCUUCCAACAGCGUCGCCGUCACCAGUGGAUGUACUUGAUCACUAAAGAAGUAUAAAUACUCUAUGACCUGACUGCUGCCUGAAACUCAGUGCAUAUUGCAAGUUACUCUCAUUAUCACUGCUUAAUUUUUCUAACUAAACAACACAUGCUGCUGACAGUCUCUUAAUUCCUGAAGGCUAAUUUAUACAACAUAUGUUGCAAUUUCCAUUACUUUUUGUUCUGUGGAAAGCAAACAAGACUUACUUCCUCAACUUCAACUGACAAGAACAUUCCUAAGUAUUGUCGUUACCGCUGCUCCCUUGAAAGGCAAUCAUGACAUUAAAAUGCUACUAAUAUUACUGCUGCUUCCUAAAAGUCAAUCAAAAGAGUGAAAACGUGCUACUUGCUGUGUGUAGAACAGUGAAAGACUGCCUAGCAAGUCUUUUUCCACCGCCGCUCCACCUGGUAGAGCCCUGAAUAUGGGCGCUGUAGCCGCGUAGAGCUCACAUUCUGAGCUGAGGCAUUCUUUUAUGCAACUUGUAGGUAUUUUUGUUGUAAAUAUUGUGUCAGAGCACGAAUUGUAUCGUUCAAUUAAAGUUUCUUCCGUAAAAAAGUACCAGUAGUAGAAUGAGAAAAAUCUUAACCGUUUCAACUUUAUCUCUUACAGUAAGUUUAUGUGUAGUUUGAGUUGACACAUGUCCUUACUGAAUCCAGUAGGACACUAGGCGGUGCCCUACUUAAACCCAGUAGAGGUCCAGUCGGUGUCCCGCUGAACUCAGCAGGACUAGCUGGUGUCUCAGUCAAGCCCAGUAGGACUAGCCGGCGUCUUACUGAACUCAGUAAGACUACAGCCGGUGUUCCAAUCGAACUUAAAGGACUCCAGCAGGUGUCCUAAUCGAACCUAAAAGGACUCCAGUAGAUGUCCCAUUCGAAUUCUUUAGGACCCCAGCUGGUGUCCUAGUUGUACACUGUAGGACUCUAUCCAGUGUCACUUUUCAAGUAAAGAAUGACCUCUCA